AUGGGCGCAGUGAUCUACUUCGGUGGAAUGUUAUUGGAAAAAGCCAACAUUGUCAAGACUAGGGACUACUCUGAAGUACAUCACGGUGCAGCAGAUGUCGAAAAAGGAAGUACCGCACAGACCAAGUACAUCAGCACUUUACACAGACUUUAUUUUGGAAGCAAAAAAAAAAAACUUCAACACUGUGAAUUGAUAAAAUAUCAGGACGAUUUUAAACACUCAAAUGUUAUGCGGUAUUCGCUGCACUGUUUCAUAAUGAACCAACCACCAAAAAUUCAAGCAGACGUAGACAAUCUUGUAGACAUAAUGAAGACAACAUUCAACAGAGCUGCUAUCAGUGCAAUUGAAGAAGCAACAAGAAUGCAGUACAAGAGCAGCUUGUGGUAUGAGAUGAGGUAUGGCCGUAUCACAGCUUCAAAGGCACAUGAAGGGAGCGUAUGUCAUACACCUGAUGGUUCAUUGGUUGCUACUAUAAUGGGCGCGCAAAAAUACCAGAUACUAUUACAAUGA